CAUUUUUUAGUCACAUUCGCAAUUCACAUAGUCCAGCCAGUAGCCAUGCUCUGCGGUUUCACGUGGUCUGUCCAACUGUCGGCUGCCGAUCAAUAAUUCAUUUUUGCUAUACCUACGCUAAAGUCCACUACUUGAUCACCAACCAUGAAACUGUUAACCCACAAUUUGCUGUCGUCCAAGAGUCUGAAAGGAGUCAAAGUAGGAUAUCCGCUUCGCAUUGUCGCAAAAGACGUUAAGAUAUCCGAAUGUGAAUUCAACAAAGAGUUUGUGAAGAAAAUCAUACCAAAACUUGAUUGGAAAGUUUUUGUUAACGCAGCUGUGGAAAUUGGCCAGACUAGUGACCUGUCUGAUGAGUUGAUUGAAGACUAUGAAGACGAUGAUGACUAUCUCAAAAAAGUACAUCAUCUACUCAUGGAAGUAGAAAUUAUAAAUGGUGAACUUAUAUGUCCAGAAACAGACAGAGUUUUCCCAAUAUCAGCUGGUAUACCUAACUUACUAUUAAAUGAGAAUGAAGUAUCAUAAACAUUACAUUUAAUUACUUCAUGUAUGUUUUUUCGUGCAUAUAAUUUUUUUUCCAAGGUUUAAUAAAAAAUUUAUUUAACCUGUA